AUGACACCGAACCCAAAGCCCAAAGCCCAAACAAUUCCCAGAAAGCGGGAUGCAAGCUCAACCCUCAAGGUGAUCAUAAUAGGCGCUGGCCUGGGUGGCCUCGGUGCUGCCAUCGCAAUUCGCCUCGCCGGCCAUUCCGUGACAGUCCUCGAGUCUGCACGCGAGAUUGGCGAAGUCGGUGCGGGGAUUCAAUGCCUGCCCAAUAGUACGAAGAUCCUGCGAUCAUGGGAUGUCCACGGAAAGCUGGCAUCCAAAGCCUCACAGACUCAGACAUGCAACAUCCUCGGUUGGAAGGGCGACCUUAUCUCGAGCAUGGAUUUUGCCCAGGCAGGUAUUGAGCACGGAGCGCCGUUCAACGACUUCCACCGCGCGGAUUUACAUGCUGUUCUGCUGGAGAGGGCAGUUGAGUUAGGAGCGGCCGUUCAUACCAACUCAGAAGUCGCCAAUAUCGAGUUCAACGUCGAGAGCAAUACCGCUAGAGUGUUCAUCACGGGUCAGGAAUCGCUGGUUGCAGAUCUGGUUGUUGGCGCCGAUGGUAUCAAUUCACGUUGUCGGGAGAUUCUCCUAGGACGACCGGAGCCGCCGCAUCGAACGGGCGACAUGGCCUAUCGGAUACUCCUGGAUGCAAAGGAUAUACGCGAGACCGGAGAUGUUAAACUGACAAAGUACCUAGACGAGAAAGCUGUGACUUACUGGUACGGGCCUGGGGCGCAUGCAGAUAAUAUGCCGGAAGAGGGCCCAUCGACUCUAAAAGGCUACGUUGACGAAAUGCAGAGUCUAUUUGCCGACUGGGAUCCAAACAUUGGAAAACUUCUCGCCCUUUGUCCAUCUGUCCUCCGCUGGCGCUUAUGCAUCCGCAAUCCGCUGGAUACAUGGGUACACCCAAGCCAAACCCUAGUCCUUCUUGGCGACUCCGUGCACGCAACGCUCCCGUACCUUGCCAGCGGGGCAGGAAUAACAUUUGAGGAUGCCGCUGUCCUAGGUGAAUGCCUAGCCCGGACGACAUCAAACUCAUUAGAAGAGAGAAAGAAAGCACUGGCAGUGUACGAGCUGUGCCGAAAGCUGAGGACAGAGACGGUCGUGAAGCGAGGGUCGAUCCAGCAGGAUCUUAACCAUCUCGACGACGGGGUGGAACAGCAAGAGCGAGAUGCGAAGAUGCGUGCUUUCGAGGAAGUUGAGCGGAGCUGGAUUGCUGGAGCAAGAGGGCCUUUGCCCCAUGGCUUGAAGGAGGGAGAGGACCCUCUCGUCUGGCGGAGGUUCGGGGUUGGCGGCUGGUUGUUCUCAUAUGACACCUGGGAGGAUGUUGAAGAGAGGUGGGCUGCUGUUGACAAUAUACCUAGCACGGCUCUGAGCGCGAAUCUAUAG